GUUCUUGCCUCCAUGGGCGGUUUUAUCUUUGGUUACUCUACUGGGCAAAUCUCCGGAUUCGAGACCAUGAACGAUUUCAAAAUGCGUUUUGCUCAGCACAAUGACGCUGGCUACUACUUCACCAACGUCCGCUCUGGCUUGAUUGUCGGAUUGAUGUCUAUUGGAACCAUGAUCGGUGCCCUCGCUGCUAGCUCCAUUGCCGACCGCUUCGGCCGCAAACUAUCCAUUUCUUUCUGGUGUAUCAUCCACGUCGUCGGUAUAAUCGUCCAAAUCACCACUGAUUCGAAAUGGUACCAAAUCGCUAUCGGCCGUCUUGUCGCUGGCCUGGGCGUCGGCGCUCUGUCCAGCGUUGUCCCCAUGUAUCAAAGCGAAUCCGCCCCGCGCCAUGUCCGCGGCGCCAUGGUCAGCGCUUUCCAACUCUUCGUCGCUUUGGGCAUCUUCAUCGCCGCCUGCAUCAAUUAUGGUACCGAGAGCAUACAAUCUACCGCCGCCUGGCGUAUCACCAUGGGCAUCGGUUUCGCAUGGCCUCUCAUCCUCGGUAUUGGCAUCAUGUUCCUCCCCGAAUCCCCACGCUACGCAUAUCGUCUCGGCCGCAUCGACGAGGCUCGUCGUACUAUGACAAAGCUCUACGGUGUCCCUGAAAACCACCGUCUCGUCGCCGAGGAAAUCGCCGAUAUGAAGGACAAACUCGACGAAGAGAAAGCCGCUGGCAAAGCCGGCGUCUUUGAAAUCUUCACAGGCCCUCGCAUGUUCUACCGCACUAUGCUCGGCAUCGCCCUGCAAUCACUCCAACAACUCACCGGCGCAAACUUCAUUUUCUACUACGGAAACACCAUCUUCACGUCCACGGGCCUGAACAACAGCUACGUCACACAGAUGAUCCUGACUGGUGUCAAUUUCGGCGUGACCAUCAUCGGCCUGUACAUCGUCGAGCACUUUGGACGGCGCAAGUCCCUAAUUGGUGGCGCCAUAUGGAUGUUCAUCUGCUUCAUGAUCUUCGCUACCGUGGGCCACUACUCGCUGAACCGCGAGAAUCCGCCUGCCACUCCGAAAGCCGGAACUACCCUAAUUGUGUUUACAUGCUUCUUCAUCGUCGGGUUCGCGACCACCUGGGGCCCGAUUGUCUGGGCAAUUGUGGGCGAACUGUACCCAGCGCGGUACCGCGCAACAUGCAUGGGCAUCGCGACGGCGUCGAAUUGGACGUGGAAUUUCCUGAUUUCAUUCUUCACGCCGUUCAUCUCGGGCGCUAUUGAUUUCCAGUAUGGAUAUGUUUUUGCCGCCUGCUCGUUUGCUGCGGCCGUGAUUGUGUAUUUCUUUGUGUGUGAGACGCAGGGCCGGACGCUCGAGGAGGUUGAUACGAUGUAUGUUGGUCGUGUGAAGCCGUGGAAGAGCUCGAGCUGGGUUGCGCCUGCACAUAUUCGUAGAGCUGCUGGGGAGGAGCCUCGGGUUCAGGAGCAGCAGCAGCAGCAGGUGGACAGCGACGCUGUUGCACCUGCUGAGGAGUAGGAAGCUGCUUGCUGUAUAGAUCAUGUGUUGAAAGAGAGUAACAAAGUUACCUGCAUACCUGUAUUAUUAUAGAUUUAUGAGAUACUGCAUGACGUGGAUAGGUAAAUAUCGAAUGCUAAACAUUCAGAUCCACGAAAUCAAGACUUUGAUAAGCCUGUUAAA